UCCGAAGCUUGCUUCAUUAGAACUCUCACUUUCCAUCGUUCAUGUUAAUACUCUCGCUGUUAUUCCCCUAAAAUGGCAAGUGUUAACUUCAAUUCCCAACAAGUUGAGCUCUUGAAGCAGUUCGUUGAAAUUUGCAAGAAAAACCCAGCUUUUCUUCAUGCAGAUGAGCUGGUUUUCUUCCGUGAGUGGAUAGCGAGUAUGGGGGCCACACUACCACCACCACCUACUCCAGAAGAAAACAUCCCUAAAGAAGAAGUAAAAGAGGAAACAAAACCACCGGAACCAGAGCCGACACCUGAGCCUGCAAAAGAGCCAGAAGAAGAGGAAAGUGAAGAAAGUGCAGAAAGUGAUUUAGAAUUUGAUAAAGAAGGCUGUGUAGAGCCAGAUACUGAUGAUCCUCAGCCUAUGGGAGAUCCAUCCAUUGAGAUAACAGACGAAAUGAGAGAUAAAGCAAACGAAUUGAAACAACAAGCACAGGAAGCAAUGAGUGAAGGAAAGUUAGAAGAAGCAAUAUCUCUAUUCACUGAAGCAAUCGUGAAAAAUUGCAAAUCAGCACCAUUGUUUCACAAACGAGGACGCUGCUAUGUCAAACAAAAGAAACCCAAUGCUGCUAUCAGAGACUGCACUAGAGCUAUAGAGAUUAACAAAGACUCUGCACCAUCUUACAAAUGGAGAGGAAGAGCCUAUGAGUUACUUGGUGACUGGGAAAAUUCAGCUAAAGAUUUGCGUGUUGCAGCCAGAAUUGAUUUUGAUGAGCAAGUUAAUGAAUGGCUUCACCAAGUUGAGCCCAAGGCUAAAAGGAUUGCUGAACACAAGAGAAAGUAUGAGCUCAAAAAAGAAGAGCGUGAAUUAAGAAAAAAGAAAGAAAAAGCUAAGAAAGCAAAAGAAGCCAAUGAAAGAGCGAAAGAGGAAGAACGAAAAAGGCAGCAACAGCAAUCCCAGUUUAGAGGUGGAAUGCCAGGGGGAUUCCCUGGUGGAAUGCCAGGAGGAUUCCCUGGUGGAAUGCCAGAAGGAUUCCCCGGUGGAAUGCCAGGAGGAUUCCCUGGUGGAAUGCCAGGAGGAUUCCCUGGUGGAAUGCCAGGAGGAUUCCCCGGUGGAAUGCCAGGAGGAAUGCCAGGGGGGUUCCCUGGUGGUGAGAUGCCACAAGGCGGAAUGCCAGAGGGAGCGCCGAACUUGACUGAACUCCUACAAGAUCCAGAAAUGAUGGCCGCCUUUCAGGACCCGGAGGUAAUGGCAGCUUUCCAAGAUGUCAGUCAAAAUCCAGCGAACAUCAAAAGCUAUGAAAACAAUCCUAAAAUUAAGAAAAUUAUCGAUAAACUUUCCAAAAAGUUUGGUAAAGCUGGUGGCGGAACUGGUAGUCAGCCUCCUCCGCAACCACCGCCAACUAGUGGAUUUGGUGGUGGUACCGUCCCAGAUAUGGAUAUCGAUUAAAUUGUCUUGUUGACAAAUAGCUUACAUACUUUUAAGACUGUUUCUUUCAGCGAUGAAAGCAGAUUGAAUGUAUGAAAAACCCAACGUUCGGUAUGAUUUUCAACGAUUUUCCUGUUUCAAGUACUACAAUUAGGGCAACGAACAAUUUGAAAUAAAAACGUUAACGUUACUUUUGCAAUGCGCAAACACUGUUUCACAGUUCCUUUCCUAGAUCAAUUGAAUUGAUGGGAAAAUUACACAAAGGCCAUGAUUUWCUCAGCAAUUUCUUUUGCARCUUCUUUAGAAUUAAGAGGCCAUAGUCAACCAGCAUGUCUUAGAGUUUUCGUUUAUAAUCUAUAGAARAGUGUAGAAAAUGGGAAAUUAGAAUUAUUCAACUUGCACUUACUCUUUAUAACCCCAUUUAUGCUCUUUAAAGGGAGAUAGAGUGGUUUUCAUAAACCCGUGAAACAAAGUGUAAUAAUUAGAGUGUAAUAGAUCGUAAUAGUCGCGUAGAGACAAUAAAAAACAAAAGAGCCAAAGUGUAAUAGCGAUAUAUACGCUAAAGUGUGUUUCACGGGUCAAUUUUAAUACUGACGGAUGAGAACAGAUUUCGAACAGAUAUUUGAAGUCCCCUCAAAAUAUGAUAGAGCAAACGCAGGAAAACCAUGAAAUAAAAUCAAACUAAAUACUAACUAUUAGCGGCUAUUUAGAGACAAAUUGUCAGUAUCAAUGAACCAGAACGCAAUACUGAAAAUGAAUGAAAAAUGGUCCCAUGUGGAUUCAUCUUCACUGUGUUCUGGUUCAUUGAUACUGACAAAAUGUCUCUAGAUAGCCGCUAUAUUAAUUAGUAUUUAGUUUGAUUUUAUUUCAUGGUUUUCCUGUGUUUGCUCUAUGUGAAAAAACUAAAACACGAUCGCAUUGAAUGCUGGUUGACCAUAGCCCUUUGAGGACUGUUUUUUCACCAAGCCGGGUGUAAAAGGCUCAUUUAACACUUAAUCUAAAGGUUUUUUCUCAGUUGAAUAUGAACUAAUGUUACUGCUCUGGUUACUGCAUAACUUAACGCUUACGCUUCCAAUCACUCUGCUUCUGUCGCUGAAACCACGCUAGGCCUUGUAAAAAAUCUUUAAUCACAGAUAACAAUGUAACGAUAUUUAGGCUGAAAAGUACUUUCAUUUUUGAGGAAUACUUUUGUUACGUUUAGAAAAUAGCAUUCACGUAUCAAGUAGCUUGAUUUACGAACGAAGACUGUAAAAAAAAACAAAACAAAAAAACAGUUGUGUAGAUAAUAAACGGUGAAAUUACACAAACA